AUGGCAGCGGCAGCGGCACCGGCGGCGGCGCACCAGCAGCUCGACCCGCUGGCGCUGGCCGACUUUGAGGCGGGCCUGGACGGCCUGCACGAGAACGACCUGAUUGACGAGGCAGAGGUGGACAGCAUCGUGCGGGAGUCCAUCCUGCACACCAUCGGCGACACGCCCUGGGCCGACAGCAAGGUGGGCACCUGGACGUCCCACAUCAUCGAAGGCGCGCUGAAGAAGCUGGCAGCGCUGCAAAAGCCGAUGAAGUACAUCUGCCACGUCAGCCUGACGCAACGUGCCGGCGCCGGCCUGCAUGCCGCCAGCUGCAGCCGCUGGAACCAGAAGACCGACGGGCUGCUGAGCGUGCACUGGGAGAGCCAAACGGUCCUGGCCCUCGUGACUGUGUUUUGGGUGGCGCUGUGA